GUUUUUCGUCCGACAUCCCGAUGCUCGACCAGUCUCGGCUGGAUAUUCAGAACGAGCUCGACGAGAGGGUGAUUCGCUUCAUGUACGAUGUUUCGUACGACUUCUGCUGGACGCUUCGCUGGCUCAGGGCUGAUCUUCCAACCUGGGCGGCGAUUCUGUGCUGUGCCACUCACUCACACUGGAGGGCGUUCGACAUGACGAGGCAGUUGGUCCAGUAUGGCGUCCGAGUGGCAUUCAAAUCCAAAGACUGGGACGA